AUGGCGACAGCUUGGGGGCGGGGCCUCGACUACAGCUAAACCCAGCAGCUUUUUCUGCUCUAUCAUUAACACACGCUUCUGUAACGGCGUUUGGUCACAUCGACCUAUCAUCAUCACUAACGUUUCAGCCGGAAUUCAUCUGGAAAGGAUCCAUUUUGGCGGAGAACAGAGAGCAUGAAACCGACCUCCGCUGUUUGGAUUUGUCUUCUGCAAAGCUAAAUCCCUCCACCCACCUUUUUAUCAUGUCUCCAGUUUUCUCAUCUCCCAAAUACACGACCGGCUCCACUCUGCUCAGCCCUUUCCACCCAUAUGACCCCUAUGAUCCUUAUGGUCCCUGUAACCCUUAUGACCACAGCCAGACAUUUAUUUCUCAAGGUCAUCCUCAGCCCUCAAGAUACUCACCAUCCACAUCACGCUACUUUUUCCCAAGUUCCUGUCCAGCCCAGGUAACCCUCUCCCUCCCCAACGAGCGAGGGCGAGCUGUUCCCCGUGUCAACCCCCAUGAAUCCUUCCGCAGUGAGAGCUCAGGCCGCAUGCAGGCUAAAGGUCAAAUCCCACGGGCAAACGAGGUACGACGUCGGUCACCAUCGCAAGGCUGGCACCGCUCAGUGAACCACUUGGACCUGGCACAGGAGCUGGCAAUGGUGGAGCUGUGUGGGCAUGGCGAUUGCGGGAAAGGACCAUUUAGGGCGGUUUCUUUUGGGGAGAGCACCAGUCGGUCAUGUGGUAGCUACUCAGGGCCGUUCUACUGGAGCUCAGAGAACUCUAAGAAUGCUCAGGGACUCGUAGGCUUAAGGAACCUGGGGAACACGUGCUUCAUGAACUCCAUUCUGCAGUGUCUGAGUAACACACACGACCUGCGUGACUACUGUCUGCGCAACACACACCGGACCGACCUCAACAUCAACUGCAGGGCCAAGGCGGCUCUAAUGGAGGAGUUUGCCAAGCUCACUCAGACACUGUGGACAUCAGCGAGCAACGAAGCAAUCAGCCCGUCUGACUUCAAGACUCAGAUUCAGAAGUACGCUCCACGCUUCAUGGGCUACAAUCAGCAAGAUGCUCAGGAGUUCCUGCGCUUCCUCCUGGAUGGGCUGCAUAACGAAGUGAACCGAGGCUCACUGAGGCCCAGAGCCACCAUGGACGACUUUGACCACCUCUCGGAUGACGAGAAAGCCAAGAGAAUGUGGAACAAGUACCUGGAGAAAGAAGACAGCAAAGUAGUUGACCUGUUUGUUGGCCAGCUGAAGAGUUCAUUGACCUGCAGUGAGUGUGGCUUCUGCUCCACUGUAUUCGAUCCAUUCUGGGAUCUGUCUUUACCUAUUGCCAAGAGCUCUGGAGAGGUGAUGCUGAUUGACUGCCUUCGGCUUUUCACUAAGGAAGACGUACUGGAUGGGAAUGAGAAGCCGACGUGCCAAAGGUGUAAAGCCAGGAGGAAAUGCACAAAAAAAUUCACCAUUCAGAAGUUCCCCAAAAUCUUGGUGCUUCAUCUCAAGCGAUUCUCUGAGGCUCGCCUGAAAACCGCCAAACUCUCUACUUUCGUCAACUUUCCCAUCAAAGAGCUGGACCUGUGUGAGUUUGCGUCAGACAACAGCAUGCACGCCGUCUAUAACCUGUAUGCAGUGUCUAAUCACACAGGCACCACACUCGGUGGCCAUUACACAGCAUACUGCCGCAACCCUUCCACAGGAGAGUGGUACUCGUACAAUGACUCCAGGGUGAGCCCCAUGUCCUCCAGCCAAGUGCGGAGCAGUGAUGCUUAUGUGUUGUUCUACGAGCUUGCAAACUCCUCACGCUUGUAAUCCUGCCUCAUCUCCACCCUAUAAAGGAUUCUGGAGGCUAACCUGGCCUGGACUUCAGACAAAACCUCAGAAUCUGCCGUGCUUUCAGCCAUGGCCUGAGGUUGUUUUUAAGAUCUUGGAAGUUCUUGGAAGCCUGGUACAUGAGUUCAGAAAUAAACAAGCUCCAUAUAAGGGCUUCCUCAUCCUGUAUUCCACUGGAUUUAGAGUGCUGCUGCUAAACGGAUGGGGAUGAAACACUCCUUGUCAAAAGGAAGAAAGAAAAAGAAUCUGGAUCACUACCUCUCAAUGAGCAGGACCGUGUGUGUGUGUGUGUGUGUGUGUGUGUGAGUGAGAAGCUGAAUGUCAAAGAACUAUGCACUGUGUACCUGGAGCUCUUUGUUCCUCUACCGUCAGUCAUCGCAACUGCAUGAAGUUUAAUUUAUUUCGGUAUUUUAAUGUUUUUCAUUUUGAGACUCUGGAUCUAAAUAUGGGUCAAAGCAAUUAGUGGUUCAUGGAAGGAUCAUAUUCUAGUCUUCACUUUUUCCACAUAAAUAACUUGACAUGCUUGGUAUCUAUAGUCUUGCACUGGUCUAAGCCUAAAGGGGGAUUACAUUAUCAUCAGCAUCUGGCCUGUUCAUAAUUAUUGGCUUUUAUACUAUAUCUCAUACUGUGUAUUGGACAUAGUUUUGGGCGAAGAUUUAUGGAAAAGAUUGUUUGUGAGAUUGACAUCCUGUCAUCAAACAUUUGGGGUACAUGAAAUGUUUUAUAAUUGUAUUUGAGCUAUUUUUCUAUUUAACAGAUGAGAUUAGUCGCCCCCUGGUGGAUCUCAUCUUUUCAACGCAGGCUUUAUUUUAUUUAUUGACCACUGGAUUCACCUUCAUGGAAAACAACUUUUACAGCACAAGGAGCCACCUGGUGUAUCUGCGCAUUUUGUGUGUCUGUCUAUGUGUGUGUGAUACAGAUAGUGUGAUAUUUUAUUUAUGAAGUACAUAUGAAUGUGUAUGUGUGAGAGUCAUCAUUUGACUAAAACAGAAUGAGUCCUUCCUGUCCAUUGGGCUCCACCUGUCAACUACUUUUGGCUUUUUAAAAGCCAGAUAGAUGUACAUAGAUGAAUAAAUUGAUCAGUUUGACCACAACAA